UGUACUAUUCCAGCCAUUAAAUUCUAAGUAGAAAGAGCGAAAUUAAAGCCACUUAACUAUAAGGAGAGGAGCUCCAGCCACUGUACUUACACCGUCGUAUACCAGAACAUCAUUCUAUAUAUCCCUCAUUCAAUCUGAUCUACCGGCUCUAAAACCGGCCUCUAAGAGCACUUUGGGAAGUCAUAAAUACAUAUAUCUAUGGAGAUAGAGGCCGCACCUGCAGCUGGUGAUGUUGAAAAGGGGGUGGCAGAGAGUGUGUCAUGUGGAAUAGAGAGUAGUGCAGCAUAUCUGAUUUGGGAAGAAGUAACAGUUGUGUUACCAAAAUUUGGAGGAGGACCAACUAAAAGACUACUCAAUGGGCUCUCUGGUUAUGCUGAACCUGGUAGAAUUAUGGCUAUUAUGGGUCCUUCUGGUUCUGGCAAAUCCACUCUUCUUGAUUCUUUAGCAGGCAGACUUUCAGCAAAUCUUGUCCUGACUGGAAAUAUUCUUCUCAAUGGAAAGAAGAGAAGACUUGACCAUGAUUUUGUUGCUUAUGUGACACAAGAAGAUGUACUAAUGGGAACUCUAACAGUGAGAGAAACUAUCCAAUACUCAGCUCAAUUGAGGCUCCCAAGCAACAUAACCAAAAAAGAAGUAAACUUGAUUGUAGACAAUGUUAUAUCAGAGAUGGGGUUAGAGGAUUGCGCAGAAACUUUGAUUGGAAAUUGGCAUUUGAGAGGAAUAAGUGGUGGUGAAAAGAAGAGAUUAAGCAUUGCACUUGAGAUAAUCACACAACCUCAACUAUUGUUUCUUGAUGAGCCUACAAGUGGACUUGACAGUGCUUCUGCCUAUUUUGUUGUUCAAGUUCUUAAGAACAUUGCAUGUGGUGGAAGUGGAAGGACUAUAAUAUGCUCCAUUCAUCAGCCAAGUAGUGAAGUUUUUGCCCUAUUUGAUGACCUCGUCUUGCUAUCUUCUGGUGAAACUAUUUAUUUUGGAGAUGCUAAACUCGCCGUAGAGUUCUUUGGUGAUUCAGGGUUUGCAUGUCCAACAAGAAGAAAUCCUGCUGACCAUUUUCUUCGCUGCAUUAAUUCAGACUUUGAUGAUGUAACUGCCACUUUAAUUGGGUCUCAGAGAAUAAAUGAUAUCAAAGAGUCCUCAGGUUCACUUGUUUAUCUGCCAACAGCAGAGUGUCGAGUAAGGCUUAUUCAAAAUUACAAAUAUUCAAAGCAUAAGUUGAGGACAAAAGCUAGAAUUCGCGAACUCGCAAAUAUGAAAGAUAUUGUAUUUAAAGAAAGUGGUGGGAGCCAAGCAAGAUGGUUGAAGCAACUGUGUACAUUGAUAAAGAGAUCAUUGAAGAACAUGAGUAGAGAUUUUGGGUAUUAUUGGUUAAGGAUUAUAGUUUACAUGAUAUUGUCUCUUUGUGCUGGUACUGUGUUCUAUGAUGUUGGAACUGGACAUGAUGCUAUAAUUGCAAGGGGAGCUUGUGGUGGAUUCAUUUCAGGCUUCAUGAGUUUCAUGUCCAUUGGAGGUUUCCCAUCUUUCAUUGAAGAAAUGAAGAUAUUUGAGAAAGAAAGGAAAAGUGGACACUAUGGUGUUGGUGUAUUCAUUCUUUCAAACUUCAUUUCAUCAUUCCCAUUCCUAGUUGUUAUGUCUCUGAGCUCAGCAGCCAUUACAUACAACCUGGUGAAGUUCCACCCUGGUUUCUUCCAUUUCUUGUAUGCUGCCAUUGAUCUAUUGAGCUCCAUAGCUGUUGUUGAAAGUUGCAUGAUGGUUGUGGCUUGCUUUGUUCCAAAUUUCACCAUGGGACUUGUUGUUGGUGCUGGACUUCUCGGAAUUAUGAUGGCCUCAGCUGGCUUUUUCAGGCUAAUGCCUGAUCUUCCAAAAGUCUUUUGGAGAUACCCUAUUUCGUAUGUUAAUUACAUGGCAUGGGCCUUACAGUGUCAUAAAAAUCUAAACAGUACUUGUCUUACGAUGUUGUGGACGGCUAUAUGAAGUGAAAGGGGUAAACUGUGACUCAAAUAUCCCUCUGCUAGUAGUGUUUCGAGAAAGCAAAAUGGGAGAAUUGAUCCAUAUAAACCCUCACCCCCCUCACCCCGACAUACAGAUUCUCAAAAGAGACUAUGGUGAACAGUGUAAAUCAACAUUUUAUUUCCCUUGAUAUUUUUCGGGUGAUUCGUCUAUGGUAAUGAAGGAAAAAAGCUCCAAUAUAGUAUAUGCUUUCUGAAGAUGAGCUUAGAUAAUUUUCCCAUGUUUCUCCUGGAUGAAGAACUUACAAGUUACAAGGCAGGUAUUUUUUAAUUUUCUUCCUUUAAUACAUGUUAGUGAAUAUACAUUUAAGUAUUUGGCCCCAUUUUCAUACUAGAAAUUGUAUCGUCCUUAAUGCCAGAUCUUGUAUUCAACUUAUGCUGGUUGUUCAAAAUAAUAAGCAUCUGAAAAUAGCUUGUUUUAUAGACUAGAUUUGCCCAUUAUCAUAGACAAUAUUAAGAACGGUUAUAAGGGAAGACAAUGGAAGAAACCUUAGUAUUGCAUUCAUUUCUGCCUCCUCUACAGUCGGACUCGACAAUUCUGAAAAGACAGGCUGACAAUUUGUACAGUCAAGAUAAACGAAUAAUCCGCAUGCGUGAGCCCAAAAUGAGCAUCUCCAACAUCACACCUAGAUUGUCUUGAGCACCCAAGCGGAGAUGCUCUCUUCAUUUUAGCGAAAGCGUAAGAAAAACGAAGAGGGGAAG